ACUUUAGCCUCCAGUAGUAUUUUUGAAAAUUAAUAACGGAUUCUCAUAACGACCAGCAACACAUUCGUCUUGACUAUUGUGAAUUGCCAUGGAAUGCUUGGCAUUGCUUUUGACAGGUCAAAACAUGCAGCACAUUCCAGUGUUUGCUAUUUAGCCGGUUGAAGGUUGUAUAUGCCCCUUAUAGAAAAAUCUCAUUAUCCGCAAUGGCAAACAGUCGAUACGAAUAUGUGAAAGGGUUCGAAUUGGACGAUCGGAUACUGCCAAACAUCUGGGUUGUUGUUCGCAUCGAUGGUAAAGGUUUCCAUAAAUUUGCUAAGGCUCAUGAUUUCGAAAAACCAAACGAUGUAAAUGCACUUAAUCUUAUGAAUCAUGCAGCCGUUACGGUGAUGGAAGAAUUCCGUGAUAUUGUCCUCAGUUACGGACAAAGCGACGAAUAUUCAUUUAUAUUCCGUCGAGAAGCUGAUGUUUACAAGCGGCGUGCCGCGAAAAUACUAUCGUAUGUUACGAGCCUUUUCACAUCUUCGUACGUAUACAACUGGAACGUUUGGUUCCCCAACAAGAAGCUUGAAUACGCCCCAAGUUUCGAUGGACGCAUUGUUCUCUACCCAACAGACCAAAAUCUUCGCGACUAUCUCAGUUGGCGACAGGCCGACGUACACAUAAACAACCUCUAUAACACGGUAUUUUGGAAUCUAGUUUUGAAAGGUGGUAUGACGAAUCAGCAAGCCGAGAAUGAAUUGCGGGGCACAUUCUCGGCAGACAAGAAUGAGAUACUCUUUUCGAAGUUCGGCAUUAAUUACAACACAAUCGAUCCAAUGUUUCGAAAGGGGACGAUUUUACUAAGGAAGCGCACACAAAUUCCGAAUUUACCAAACGUGAAGCGACAACUAAUUAUUCCACUGUACGAAGACAUGAUACGAGAUAAGUUUUGGAAAGAGCAUGCUGAAAUAUUAGGGAAAUAUUUACCUGGAGACCACGAAUAUGAGAAAAAUGAGGACAAUGAUAGUAACAAACUACCUGAGCUAGUUAUUAGGCAAUUAGAAAAGUUGAAUUAUAGAACUGAUUCUAAUAAAAGUGUACAAGUAGCAAAAUAACGGAAAAUUGAGGGAGUAUUAUUAUCCAAAAUCGCGUUACCCUAAUUGCUACGUAAAUUGCGAAAAUGUAGUAGUAAUUUUGUUUAUUAUAU